AAUUUCCAAUGAAUAGUUGUGGCAGGAUGCAUGGCUCUGGAUUUGCAUGUCAGGAGUCACUGUGCCUGUCUGUUCCCCAGAUUCUGAGGCCCCUGAAGAACUCGGGGCAAACUCCGAACGUAUUUGCAUGUUAGAAAUCCUCUCACUAGCAAUCGGUGUGGAGGAGGGGAGUGGGAUCUGAAUCUGGAGGUAGGGAGACCCCAGGAAGUAGGGAAAGAACAGUGAGGUCAGGAUCUGGCUGUUUUAUCCCCGAAUCUCUGCUGUUUGUGGGGUUCAACUUAGCUCAUCCAGCCAGCAGUGGAGAGAUCAAAGAGGAGUCUCAAAGGAGGUGAUGUCUGAACUGGUCUUCAGGAAGUGAAGCCAAGGGAGGCGUGUUCCUGGCAGAAGGGCACAGCGUGUGCAAAGGCCUGGUGACACAGAGCCUGUGGUUGGGGAAGCUUGAAGUGGUGUGAUGCAGCCGGAGAGGGCCGCAGGAGGUUCCCACCAAGGUUAUACAAAGGAUCCACUGACUGAAGUGAUGGAGAGUGGCCCGGCUGUCUGCUGCCAGGACCCUCGGGCAGAGCUGGUAGAUCGGGUGGCAGCCAUCAAUGUGACCCACUUGGAAGAGGCAGAUGAGGGCCCAGAGCCUGCCAGGAAUGGUGUGGACCCUCCACCCCGGGCCAGAGCUGCCUCUGUGAUCCCUGGCAGUGCUUCAAGAUCUACCCCAGUGCGGCCCAGCCUCUCAGCUAGAAAGUUCUCCCUGCAGGAACGGCCAGCCGGAAGCUGUCUGGAGGCCCAGGUUGGGCCUUACUCUACGGGACCUGCCACUCACAUCUCUCCUCGGGCCUGGCGGAGACCCACCAUCGAGUCCCACCAUGUGGCCAUCUCAGACACGGAGGACUGUGUAAAACUGAACCAGUACAAGCUGCAGAGCGAGAUUGGCAAGGGUGCCUACGGUGUGGUGAGGCUGGCCUACAACGAAAGUGAAGACAGACACUAUGCAAUGAAAGUUCUUUCCAAAAAGAAGUUACUGAAGCAGUAUGGCUUUCCUCGCCGUCCUCCUCCCAGAGGGUCUCAAGCUGCCCAGGGAGGCCCAGCUAAACAGCUGCUGCCCCUGGAGCGUGUGUACCAGGAGAUUGCCAUCCUAAAGAAGCUGGACCACGUGAACGUAGUGAAAUUGAUCGAGGUCCUGGAUGACCCUGCCGAGGACAAUCUCUAUUUGGUGUUUGACCUCCUGAGAAAGGGGCCGGUCAUGGAAGUGCCCUGCGACAAGCCCUUCCCGGAGGAGCAAGCUCGUCUUUACCUGAGGGACAUCAUCCUGGGCCUCGAGUACUUGCACUGCCAGAAGAUCGUCCACAGGGACAUCAAGCCAUCCAAUCUACUCCUUGGGGACGAUGGCCAUGUGAAGAUCGCCGACUUUGGGGUCAGCAACCAGUUCGAGGGGAAUGAUGCUCAGUUGUCUAGCACGGCAGGGACCCCGGCAUUCAUGGCCCCUGAGGCCAUUUCUGAUUCUGGCCAGAGCUUCAGUGGGAAGGCCUUGGAUGUAUGGGCCACCGGGGUCACCUUGUAUUGCUUUAUCUAUGGGAAGUGCCCAUUCAUUGAUGAGUACAUCCUGGCCCUUCACAGGAAGAUCAAGAAUGAGGCCGUGGUGUUCCCUGAGGAGCCAGAGGUCAGUGAGGAGCUCAAGGACCUGAUCCUGAAGAUGCUAGACAAGAACCCUGAAACAAGAAUUGGGGUGUCAGAUAUCAAGUUGCACCCUUGGGUGACUAAGCAUGGACAGGAGCCCCUCCCUUCAGAGGAGGAGCACUGUAGUGUGGUGGAGGUGACGGAGGAGGAGGUGAAGAACUCAGUCAAGCUCAUCCCCAGCUGGACCACUGUGAUCCUGGUCAAGUCCAUGCUGAGAAAGCGUUCCUUUGGGAACCCAUUUGAGCCCCAAGCACGCAGGGAAGAAAGAUCCAUGUCUGCACCCGGAAACUUACUGAUGAAAGAAGGAUGUGGAGAAGGAAGCAAAAGCCCGGAGCUUCCCGGAGUCCAGGAAGAUGAGGCUGCAUCCUGAGUCCCUGCAUGUGCCCAGGGCCAUCGGCAGCAUGCUCAUUCCUCGCCUCCAGAGGCCCACCGCCCUCAUGCAAUAGUCGCCCCUGCAGGCAGGGGGCUGGGGACCGCGGCCCCUCUCCCGGCCCUCCUCCCUCAUUGUGCCGCAUGACCUGCGCACAGGCACAUCCGUGGACAAGUUUGGAGUGUGUAUCAUUUGGGGCUUGGGGUUCCUGGUUCUCUCUGUUCUGAUCCAUCUUGUGGGGAAGCCUGGGGCCCACAGACUAUUAGAAACCGUACCUGACUGGCUGGUGAGGCCCAGGGCAGAAGGCAAGAGACCAAAAUGGCAGGUGGAGGCCUGGUGGGCUGCAUCUCAGAGAACUCCCGUAGGGCCCGAUGGGCCUUCCCAGCUGCCACACCCCAAGGAAGGAUGAUGACCUCACCUCUGUGUGGGAGGUGCUGAGUGCUAGGCUGCUCAGAUCUCUGGUAUGGAUGCUACAAAUGAUGAUGUGUGCCUGGGAGAGGACUGGUGUUGGAGAAUUCAGAUUCCUCUUUACCUGAAGGCUGGGGUGGGAGCAGCUGUUGUGGGGAACACCUUCCUCCAGCUUUGGGUAGUUCCUGGCACAUUGUUUGGCAGUCACGUGGACCUGACAUUCGUGGACUGUGUUUUAUACUCGGCACUAGCCGGAAAAAGGGCUGAACUGAAUCCGGCUCAGAGCAUAGGCCUGAGCCAGGAGCAGCGUACCUUCCCUGCCUACCUCCCUCCUUCCCGUAUGGAUCUCCAGAGCCAAGGGUGCAGAAGAGACACCCGGAGUGACACUGAGGGCUAUGAACACUCGGAACUGUGGCCCUACAGAUGUGGAAGUAACUGGGAUCCAGGCUCUGACCCUACACUGGCUUACCCAUCGCAUGCCUCGGAUGAAGGAUGAGCUGCCUGGGUGGGAGGCUCAGACAGCUGAGGGACCCCACAGGAUGCAUACCCUGCAGGCAGGUGGCCCUUCUGCCAGUCGCUUCAGCACAGGACAUCAGUCAGCCCAGGCAGGGCAGAGCUGCAUACUUGGGGCACACAUGUGGACAAUGUGCACACAUGUGCCCUUCUGGAGCGAGCAUCAGCUCUCUGGAUUCUGUGGUCGUCUGGCUGGUCUCAUGUUUACUGACAAUGCUCAUAGAGAUUGGUCCCCAAAGGGAGAUGACCAGGACUCAGGUACAACCCCCCCCCACACACAAAAAAAAAACAUCCCACAAGAUUUCAUCUGCCCACGUGGGUUUCAGAAUGCAGGAAGGCUAGACUAGAAAAGAGGGAGGUUUGGGGGGAGCACUGGGUUCCAAUGCAUCUCUGUGCCAAUGGGUGUACAUUGCGCCUCCAUGUGCACUUGUGUGUGCGUGCCCAUCUGCUGUACACAGCACACUUGCAUGUCUCGUCCUGGCACAUGCAUCUGUAAUAUAGUUUCUACAUCUACUUAAGCCUAGGAGCAGAGGGUAGCCCAUUGUCAGUGGGCUCCCAUUUCAACCCAGCUCCUCUGCACUAAGGCAGCCAGUGUAACCCAGGUCUUAAAAACAAAUCAUCUAAAUAUAUCUCUAAGAAUACUUUUAUAGAGUGAGUGAGAGGCAGCCGUUAAAUAGCAAGGAGUCAGGGAGCUUUGUGAACGGGACCCACUUGGGAAAAGCUUGGAAUUGGGUGGCUGGCCUCACUGUCCCCAGCAGAGCCAGGAAGGCAUGCUCACUGUCAUCUGUUGCUGAGAGCUUUGGUUGGCAUUGGCUUUGAAUGUAGCACAAGUGAACAGACUCCAUAAGAGUGUUUUAAAAGUCAACUUCUUAGGAAGUGAAUUAAAAACAAUAAAAAGCCCAUUCUUGAAUUAAAAAGAAAAGAAAAGAAAGAAAGACUUUAUAUAUCUUCUGUGUCCA